AUGGACAACCUGUACAACACAUCCUCUCUUUUACAGAUAAAUGGCUUUAAUCUUUCUUCUGACACUGUUUUUCCCGCAUUUCUUUUCGCCACACUCAACUACAUGAUCAUACUUUUUUGCAACCUCUCUCUAAUCCUCACCAUUGUGCUGAAUAAAUCUCUGCAUCAGCCAAUGUACCUGAUUCUGCUGAACCUUCCCAUUAAUGACCUCAUAGGUUCAUCAGCCCUUUUCCCACAGCUCAUCAAAGAAAUACUGAGAAACAGUGGGACGAUGCAGUACUCAGCUUGUGUCGCUCAAGCUUUCUUCAUCCACAUCUAUGCAGCCGGCACUGUGUUCAAUCUGAGCGCAAUGGCAUAUGACAGAUACAUUGCCAUAUGUUACCCAUUGCAGUACAGUACUGUGAUGACUAGCUCCCACAUUAUGAGAAUAAUCACCAUUGUAUGGAUGAGUUGUUUGGUUUUAAUAGGUGUGCUUUUCUUCCUACUGUUGCGUUUGCCUCGCUGUCGAUCUGAAAUGACCAACCCCUACUGUGAUAAUCCAUCUUUGCUGACUUUGGUCUGCACCAACACAACUAUUAAUAAUAUCUAUGGACUUUUUAUAGUUGCUCUUUCACAACUGGUGGCUAAUGGAAUGGUUUUUUAUACAUAUCUCCAGAUUCUUCUAACAUGUUUCAGAUCAAAACGAUCAGACACAAAAGCCAAAGCGCUGCAGACGUGUGCUACACAUCUGAUGGUUUUCCUCUUGUUAGAGUGUCUCGGUCUCUUCACAAUCAUCUCAUAUAGACUGAAUGAUAUUUCACCUCAUUUUAGAAGAUUUAUGGGAUUGUCAACAUUAAUUUUUCCUCCAACACUGAAUCCAAUCAUCUACGGACUGAAAACAAAGGAAAUUCGAGAAAAGGCAGCACACUUCUUUAAGAGUAGGAUCCUUUCAUCUUAA